AUGGACCCCUCACAAGUCAAGAUCCCGCCCAUGAAAGACCAAACCGUCGACAACAUCACCGACAAUGUAAUCGCAAUCAACAGUCUCUGCGAAGACGAGCGCAUGAAAUACGUCCUAGAGCGCCUGGUAACCCACCUGCACGACUUCGCCCGCGAAACCCGUCUCAGCAGCGACGAAUGGAUGACCGGCCUGCGCUUCCUGACUGAAGUCGGCCAGAUCUGCACAGAUGUGCGACAGGAGUUCAUCCUGCUGUCCGACGUGCUGGGCUUGUCCAUCCUUGUCGACUCAAUCGAUCACCCCAAGCCCAAGGGCUCCACCGAGGGAACCGUGCUGGGCCCCUUCCACACGCAUGACGCGGAGGAGAUGCCUGCCGGUGAUUCUAUGUCCCAUGAUCCCAAGGGUGAGCCCUUGUUGGUGGUCUGUACCCUGCGCGAUCUGCAGGGGAGGCCUGUGGAGGAUGUCAAGAUUGAUAUCUGGGAGACGGAUUCGACGGGCCAUUAUGAUGUGCAGUAUGCUGGCAGGGAGGGGCCGGAUGGCCGGUGCAUCAUGCGUUCGGAUAAAGAGGGUAACUUCUGGUUUAAGGCGAUCACGCCUGUACCGUACCCGAUCCCUCAUGAUGGACCGGUGGGGAAGUUGCUGAAGAAAUUGCACCGUCAUCCGUAUCGUCCUUCGCAUAUGCACUUUAUGUUUGAGAAGGAGGGCUAUGAUCAUUUGAUUACGGCUCUCUACCUCCGCAAUGAUCCCUACGAAACUUCUGAUGCAGUCUUUGGCGUCAAGGAUUCCUUGACUGUGGAUAUUGGCAAGGCCGAUGCCGAGAUCGCGAAGAAAUAUAAUGUUCCCGAGGGUCACCCUCUCCUCACAUAUGACUUUGUGCUAGUCUCUGACGAAGAGACGAGCAAGCUGCGUGCACACAACUCCAAGGUUGCGCUGGACAAGCUUGGACGCAAAGUCAAGAUUGUGAAUGGGCUACCGAUACCUGAUUUGGAUUAA